AUAAUGUUUUUUUUUCUAGCAGAAGACAAGAGACUUUUAAUAUGAUGCAGUAUCGUUGCGCGUUUCAUGCUUUGAAUUAUAUGACGGUGUAGUUGACUUCAGUAUACGCAAGAUUUGUAUUAUAAAUACCAAAAUGAGUUGCAGUAAAAUUAAAGAGACCCCAAGAAUGACGAAAAAAUUUAUUCGUCAGUGUUGCAAAGAAACAAAGCUCUACAUGACACCACACCUCAACGAUGUACUGUAUCUUCACUUCAAAGGUUUCACGAAGAUCGAGGCGCUGGAGGAGUACACGGGGCUCAAGUGCCUGUGGCUGGAGAACAAUGGCAUCGACCGGAUAGAGAACCUGGAGAGCCAGACGGAACUUCGGUGCUUGUUCCUACACAACAACGUCAUCACCAGGAUAGAGAACCUGGAGGCGCUGAGACACCUGGACACGCUCAACCUCUGCAACAACUUCGUCUCCAGGCUGGAGAACUUGAGCGUGCUGCCUGCGCUGAACACCCUCAGCAUCAGCCACAACCGCCUGCAGAGCGUGGACGACAUCAGCGAGCUGGCAAACUGCGCUUCUCUGUCCGUCGUCGACCUGUCGCACAACCGCCUGGGAGACCAGCUCAUCCUGCAGGUGUUUUCGGCCAUGCCAAGUCUGCGUGUUCUCACGUUGACUGGCAACCCUGUGCUAACAAACUGGGCGUAUCACCGUAAGAAGUUGAUAGUGGCUUGUAAAUCACUCACUUACUUGAAUGAGGCACCUGUAUUCGAUAAGGACAGAAGAUGUGCUGAUGCGUGGAAAGAUGGCGGGCUGGAGGCAGAGCGAGAGAUGAGGGCUACUAUCGAGAAAGAAGAACACCAGCGGAUGCAAGACAGUAUAAACGCGCUGCUGCGUAAGAGAGACGAACUACGGAGGAAGAGGAUGGAGGAAGCUGGAGAGACACUGGUGCUCGAAGAACCCGCCGACGCAGAGUCAAACAGCUGCAGCGACAGCGAGGAUUCCGCCCGCUCCGACUCGGGGGCAGAGGAUGAGGACUGCAGCGGCCCUGGACUGAGGAUGCCCUGGCACGAGGCCAGAGUCCCGGCUCGCAGGAACCACCCUCUGGUGGAGGAGUUGCAACCCUGCGAGCCGCCGGCCAAAUCGACCGCGCCGACCGGUGCCGACUCGAAGGACGGCGGGAUGAUGUUCGAAACGAACGGAUCGGAAGAAGAGAGAGACGACGACGGGACUCGCGGAGAUUCCGUCGCGCACGAGUCUGCGUCCGCCGACGAGAAGGCGACCUCUGACCCGGCGCGACGGGAGGCCGUCAGUCUGCGGUCGUACCUCGAGUUCGUCGAGACGUCAUCGGCGGACGUCUUCCCUUCGCCGGGCGACGGAGGCGGUUCGGGAAACACCGGAUCCGUCCGGGACGGAAGGAACGAAGACCCGGAUCGUGAUCUUCGCGAGGAGACAGGAGGUCACGAAGGAGAACGUCGCGAGUCCAACGCGGCUGUCGACGCAAGCAACACUGAACUAGGGGCAGAACUCAGUUGUACGUGUGCAACGGAAGGCUCCGUGCCAGCAGAAGAUCAAGAACCGAUCACGCGCUCGAACCUCGUAGGUGGCGACGGCGAAGUUGAUGAUCCGACGACGCCGGAAUUGGAGUCGGAGGAGGACGAACGGUACCUGUCCACCUGGGGCCUGAAAAAAUUGUUCGAACUCGCCGGCGAGCGAGAGAUCGACGAGGAAUCGACACGGGACGAAUCGAUCCACGACCUCAGCGAUGGUUCACAGGUCGAAACAGCGGGAUCGAAGGGCGACGAACGGCGUCCGUCCACCUGGGGCCUGGAGCAAUUGUUCGAACUCGCCGGCGAGCGAGAGAUCGACGAGGAAUCGACACGGGAUGAAUCGAUCCACGACCUCAGCGAUAGUUCACAGGUCGAAACAGUGGGAUCGAAGGGUGACGAACGGCGUCCGUCCACCUGGGGCCUGAAACAAUUUUUCGAACUCACCGGCGAGCGAAAGAUCGGCGAGGAAUCGACACGGUAUGAAUCGAUCCACGACAUCAACGACAGUUCACAGGUCGAAAUAGAGGGAUCGGAGGGUGCCGGGACGGGAUCGAUGAAAUCGCGGGCUGGGAAUCUCGGGAGCGACCCGGAGAAUCCUCCUCUCGAAGAUGUUUUCGAGAGGCCGAGCGGAGAACGGCAAGAAUUGUCUUCGGGAGACCACGGCGGAAGCGUCGUGGAAGACGAACGCCGAUUCUGCUCGGGCGACCAUGAAGAGGUGACGAAACUGAAGAACUGCGAGCUGGAUCCAGUUGCACCUCUCGGGAAAACCGACGACCCCUUUGGAAACAAGCUCAGCAAUUCGGACGCCGCAACGAAGUCCGAGGAACGCGAUAGUGGCGGAGAUCGGGAAGCAACAGAUCUUCUCGACAGCACGAAGAAAGAGACCGUCAUGGAUCCUGCUUCCAGCGAGGCAGCAGCGACCACUGGCGGAGACAGCGCAGUUGGAAAUAAGUCCGCGGGGCGUGACCUGACUCGCGCCCGACAAGAAAUCCCCCCCGAGCAAAUUUCACCAGCUGAUCCAGAGCCCGAAAUUGUUCCCGACAGCGAAAAUGCAACGCGGUACAUAACCACGUCUUUACAAAUGCAACUGGUUAAUUCUGAAUACUUGGAAGAAUGAAUAUAAGCUGAUUCUUGAAACGCAUCAAGAAAUAACUAUUUUAUUUAGUAAACAUUACGUGUAUUAAUAAAUUACUUACCUCAUAGCAAACGUUACACGUUUAUCGUGAAUUUGGUUUGAGUUAUUUCGAUCCAACAUUAUUUAAAAAUAUUUUAAUAUUGAAAGGAAAAAAAAAUGCAAACUUUCUCUGCAAGAUGUGUUUAUCGAUGGAUUUAAUAUUAUAACGUCUAAAUAUUUUUGAAUAGAACCUAAACUUAUUUUUUAGGUGUUAAGUAACUAAACAUAUAAAUUAUCCGACUGCAAAAUGUAAUUAUAUAUAUGUAUAUAUAUCACAUGAUUUAUAAAAUAAAGUUUGUGUCUUGUAGGGAAAUAUAUAAAUAUUUUAUUUUCUCCCA